AUGAAAGUAACAAACUUGGAGAAGGGAUCUUUGGCUGAAUUUGGAGACGUAGCCAUCAAAAGGCUAAGCAGGAGGUCAUCACAAGGACUGGAGGAGUUCAUGAAUGAGUUGAAGCUAAUCGCGAAUUUGCAGCACAAAAAUCUAGUCAGCCUCUUAGGAUGUUGCGUUGAAGGGGAGGAGAAGAUAUUGAUCUAUGAGUAUAUGCCCAAUUGCAGCCUGGACAAAUUUAUUUCUGACCCUUCGUUGAAGGUUACACUCGAUUGGGAUACACGUUUUGGGAUAAUAGAAGGAAUUGCUCAAGGAAUACUUUACCUGCAUAAGUACUCGAGAUUAAAAGUCAUCCACAGGGACUUGAAGGUAAGCAACAUUCUGCUAGAUCAAGAGAUGAUCCCCAAAAUAUCAGACUUUGGAAUGGCAAGGAUUUUCGGGACUGAUCAAACACAGGCCAGUACAAAACGAGUGGUUGGUACAUAUGGCUAUAUGUCUCCAGAAUACGUAGUAUAUGGCCAAUUCUCGGAGAAAUCAGAUGUAUUCAGCUUUGGAGUAUUGCUGUUGGAAAUCUUGACUGGUGAACGGAACUCAGACUUCUUCAUGACUGAAAUUUGUAUGUCUUUAUUAGGAUGGGCAUGGAAAAUGUGGAAAGAAGGAAGAAUAUUGGAGCUAAUAGAUCCAUCAAUAAGGGCGACCUGCGACAGUAACAAAGCAACACGGUCUGUUCUGGUUGCUCUUCUUUGCGUUCAAGAAAUUCCUACUGAUCGACCAACAAUGUCUGAUAUAGUUGUCAUGUUAAGCAACGAAACAACGCCCAUCCCUGAGCCAAAAGAACCGGCUUUUCGCAGCAGCUGGCGACAUCAAAAGUUAAACAAUUUUUCCAUAAAUGAGUUGACAUUUACUUUGCCAGUACCUAGAUGA